UGCUAUCUUUUUCGGAUUCCUGAGGCGGUCGCUGCGUUUGUGGCUCCUCGCUGUGUCGUCCAAGCCGUCGCCAUGGUGAAGCUGAGCAAAGAGGCCAAGCAGAGGCUGCAGCAGCUCUUCAAGGGCGGCCAGUUUGCCAUCCGCUGGGGCUUUAUUCCUCUCGUGAUUUACCUGGGAUUCAAGAGGGGUGCAGAUCCUGGAAUGCCUGAACCAACCGUUUUGAGCUUACUUUGGGGAUAAAGGACUAUUUGGUCAUCUGGAUUUGGAAGCAGUCAAUGGACAGGAACAAGAUGGAAGGUGUGUGCUCUGGCUGGCAUAAGAGAUGAGACAUCGUUCAGACGUUCACCGGUUGAAUGGCACGGGGCUCUUCUCAGAUGCAUCUGUGGCAGAGUGGACCCUCUACUGACUUAUUUAUGAUAGACUGUAUCAAAAUAAAUGUUUUUAACAAUGUUA